GCGCUGGGCCCCAGGGGGCGGCACCCGUCGAGUCAAAAGCAUCCCCGCCAGCAGCAGGAGUAACUCUUUGGGGGAAGCGCGCGCCAGCUGACCGAUGGGGUCCCGGCGCCCCUCUUUGCUCCUGCUCCUGCUGCUGCUCCUCCUCCUCACGGCGGUCCCCCGAGGCCGGCCCCUCUUCGCCGAUGUUGAUGAGUGUGGUCAAGGGAUUGAUGACUGCCAUCCAGAUGCAAUCUGUCAAAAUACACCAAAGUCAUAUAAGUGUACAUGUAAGGCAGGCUAUAGUGGAGAGGGGAAAAUGUGUGAAGACAUUGAUGAAUGUGAUAAUGACUUCAAUGGAGGCUGUGUGCAUGAAUGUUUCAACAUUCUGGGCAAUUACCGCUGUGUGUGUUACGAUGGCUUCAUGUUGGCUCGAGAUGGCCAUAAUUGUCUCGAUACAGAUGAGUGCCUGCUUAACAAUGGAGGCUGCCAACAUGUUUGUGUCAACACAGUGGGCAGCUAUGAGUGUUCUUGUAAUGAUGGGUUCUUCCUCAGUGAUAACCAACACACCUGCAUUCAUCGCUCAGAAGAAGGUUUGAGCUGUAUGAAUAAAGAUCAUGGCUGUGCACAUAUCUGCAAAGAAGCACCAAAAGGAGGAGUGGCCUGUGAAUGCAGACCUGGAUUUGAACUGGCCAGAAACCAGAGAGACUGUAUUUUGACUUGCAACCAUGGGAAUGGUGGCUGUCAGCAUUCAUGUGAAGAUACAGAUGUUGGCCCUAUCUGUGGAUGUCAUCCGGAAUACAUAAUACAUCCCAAUGGAAAAAUUUGUCUUGAGAGAGAUGAGAUUGCAACAGAUAUCUCUGAAAACAAUGCCACUGCAGGAACUGACGUGGACAAGAGGGUGAAGAGACGACUGCACAUGGAAACUUGUGCAGUCAAUAAUGGUGGCUGUGAUCGCACUUGUAAGGACACUUCUACAGGUGUUCACUGCAGCUGUCCUGUUGGAUUUACACUUCAGUUCGAUGGGAAGACAUGCAAAGAUAUUGAUGAAUGCCAGGCCAAUAAUGGCGGAUGUGAUCAUUUUUGUAGAAACACAAUUGGUAGUUUUGAUUGCAGCUGUAGAAAAGGCUUUAAAUUAUUAUCUGAUGAAAAAUUAUGUCAAGACAUUGAUGAAUGUUCCUUUGAAAGGACAUGUGACCAUAUGUGCAUCAAUCAUCCAGGCACUUUUGAGUGUGCAUGCAAGAAAGGAUACACACUCUAUGGCUUCACACAUUGUGGAGAUAUUAAUGAGUGUAGUAUCAACAAUGCAGGAUGCCAGCAUACAUGCAUAAAUGCACCAGGGACUUAUCAGUGCCACUGUAAUGCUGGUCACAAAUUACACUGGAACAAAAAGGACUGUGUUGAAAGGUCCUUGCCUGAUGUCAUUUUACCCAAAGUAUCUCUGCACUGCAGUAAGAACAGUGGAAGUGAUAGGUGCUUUUUAAUUUGUUCCUCCGAGGUCCAUUUCAUCUCUGGCCUGGAUGGUUCCUACACUUUAAAAUGCGGUAGCCCUUCUCCACUUAAGAAGAAAAAACAGAAUUCAAACGAGUCCGCUAUUUUAGAUCUUUCUACCAUCAGGACAAGUGUAACCUUUAAAUUUAAUGAAGGAAAAUGUAACCUGAAAAAACAUAAGAUGUUUCAAGAAGCUGUGCAACACAUAAUUCCAGAGAAACAUACUUCAAUAAUAGAGAACUUCCACUAUGUAAACCUGACAUGCAGUUCUGGCAAGAAAGCUCUUGGAGAUCAUGGCAGAUUGAAGGCAGCAAGAGAAAUGUUUAUAUCUGCAGACUUUGAGCUUGAAACAAACCAAAAGGAGGUGACAGAGAUAUGCAACUUGAGCUGUGUGCGUAAAAGGUCUGAGAAGAGACUCCGUAAAGCGAUCAGAACCUUGCGGAAGGUAAUCAACAAAGAGCAAUUCCACAUUCGCCUUUCUGGUGUGGAUCAUGAUGUGGUCAGAAAAUCUCCCAGGGUCCUUGAUACACAGGAGCUCUGUGGCCUUGGUCAAAGGCACAUGGAAAACAGAUGUGCUAGCUGCAGUGUUGGAACAUAUUAUCAUGGAGAACAGGAAGGCUGCAUUUUAUGUCCUAAUGGAACUUAUCAAGAAAAUGAAGGUCAAAUAUCUUGCGAACCUUGUCCAAAUCCUCACAAUCCAGGAAACCAGAAAAUAGCUGGAGCUCGCAAUAUUUCUGAAUGUGGAGGGCUGUGCUCACCAGGGGAAUAUUCCUCAGAUGGAUUUAAGCCCUGUCUUCCAUGUCCUUUUGGAGCAUAUCAGCCAGACGCAGGUCGCACAUCUUGUUUCAUUUGUGGUGGAGGUUUGAUGACAAAACGUACCAGUGCAACCUUUUUCCAGGAUUGUGAAACUAAAGUGCAGUGUUCACCUGGUCAUUUCUACAACACUACUACACAUCGAUGUAUCCGCUGUCCAGUUGGCACAUAUCAACCUGAGUUUGGACAGAAUUACUGCAUUUCUUGUCCUGGAAACACAACUACUGAUUAUGAUGGAUCAACAAAUAUAACACACUGCAAAGACAGGCACUGCGGUGGUGAGCUUGGAGAUUUUACUGGAUACAUUGAAUCUCCAAACUAUCCAGGAAAUUACCCUGCAAACACUGAGUGUACUUGGACUAUAAAUCCACCACCCAAACGCCGUAUUCUGAUUGUAGUUCCUGAAAUAUUUUUGCCUAUAGAAGAUGAAUGUGGAGACUAUCUAGUGAUGAGAAAGAGUUCUUCCUCCAAUUCUGUGACCACAUAUGAAACCUGCCAGACCUAUGAACGCCCCAUAGCUUUUACCUCUCGAUCUAAAAAACUGUGGAUCCAGUUCAAAUCAAAUGAAGGAAACAGUGCCAAAGGGUUCCAGGUCCCUUACGUAACGUAUGAUGAGGAUUAUCAGGAACUAAUAGAAGAUAUAGUCCGAGAUGGUAGACUGUAUGCAUCAGAAAAUCAUCAAGAGAUCCUUAAGGAUAAGAAACUGAUAAAGGCACUAUUUGACGUCUUGGCACAUCCACAAAACUACUUCAAGUACACAGCACAGGAAUCCAGGGAAAUGUUUCCAAGAUCUUUCAUUCGGCUAUUGCGCUCUAAAGUAUCCAGAUUCCUACGGCCUUACAAAUAAUAGACACUAUAUUUUAAAAAAACAUUCAGAUUUUAACUGUACAGAAGUUGUUUAUGAUAGGAGAGUUUUCCAGAAGCUGACCAGUUAAUUGUAUACAGUGUGUACAUUUUUUAAUUAAAAUAUAAUUAUUUCA